UUAUCAUCCCCGACCCCGCCAAGUACGCGCCGGUCCCCAAAAAGGGCUCCAGGAAGGCGGUGACUAAGGCGCAGAAGAAAGAUGGCAAGAGGCGCAAACGACGUCUUAAAAACCGAUUCCAUCUACGUGUACAAGGUGCUGAAGCAGGUGCACCCCGACACGGGCAUCUCGUCCAAGGCCAUGGGCAUCAUGAACUCGUUCGUCAACGACAUCUUCGAGCGCAUCGCGGGCGAGGCGUCGCGCCUGGCGCAUUACAACAAGCGCUCGACCAUCACGUCCAGGGAGAUCCAGACGGCCGUGCGCCUGCUGCUGCCCGGGGAGCUGGCCAAGCACGCCGUGUCCGAGGGCACCAAGGCCGUCACCAAGUACACCAGCGCCAAGUAUAUGUUUUCCUACGUUUUGCUUUACUUAAAGGCUCUUUUAAGAGCUACUCACAUUUUGCAAAUUGAGAGUUUUAGUAACAGGUGUUUACAGCACACUUUAGUAUUAUGCGUAAGUUUGGUGAAAUGAUUACAGUAGAAGCAUCGCUAAAGGUGUAAAAGUCUGGUUUUGGUGUCUGUUCAUUAAGUCUUUAAUUUGUACUCUUUCAUCUAAUCGAGAUUUUAAAUUGUUUUGUAGAGUGCUGCCUGGAUUUUAAAGUUGCCUAUGCUUAAGCUACAUGUUGGAUUAUUGCUUUAAAUACAAUUCCUACUUGAUAACAAUAUAGGUUUCAUAAAGAUUAAGUCGUCCAAUGCCUUUUUUUUGUUGUUGUUACAAUGGACACCAAGUUUCAAUUUUAGUCUUAUUGUAGAAACUGAACUAAGCCUGGGGAAUUACUGGACCCCAGAAUUUAAUGUUAGCUACUGAUGUAGACUGUU